AUGGAACAUGAUUUCGCCAUGGUACGGAGCGUGUGCGAGUGCGUGGAACUCCGCCGUCUCCUUCUGCGAGCAAGUUAUGAUGACUCAGUUUUUAUAAUUUUAAAUUCUUAUUUUUCCUUGUUACGCGCAUUUUAUCCUUUGAAUUCAAGAACUCGAGAGACAAAUCAGCAUAAAAAUAUGCCUCACUUUAGUGGUAGAUGUCUGAGCACUGCUAAGCUUCUUGGAAAAACUGCCUUAGUUACUGGUUGUAACACUGGCAUAGGAAAAGAAACUGUUCUGAAUUUUUAUAAGAGAGGUGCUAAAGUGAUCAUGGCUUGCCGUAGCAUAGACAGAGCCGAAGAAGCGAAACUUGAUAUCGAGAAGAAAUGUAAGGAUUUAAGCGAGACUGGCACAAUUGUGUUAGCAAAAUGUGAUCUUGGUUCAUUACAGUCUGUGCGAGAAUUCGCCCAAAGCAUUUUAGAUACGGAACCACAAAUUAACAUACUUGUGAAUAAUGCCGGAGUUAUGAUGUGCCCUAAAAGUGAAACCGAGGAUGGUUUUGAAACACAAUUUGGAACCAAUCACUUGGGACAUUUUUUGUUGACUAUGCUACUUCUACCACGCAUUAGGAAUAGUACUCCAGCCAGGAUAGUGACUGUUUCAUCGGGGGCGCACAGGCGAUCGGCCGUUAAUUUUGAUGACUUGAAUUAUAACACGAGGACAUACAAAGCCGCUGAAGCGUACGCACAAAGCAAAUCUGCCAACAUAUUAUUUUCUAGAGAACUAGCAGCCAAACUUAAGGAACACAAUAUAGAAGGUAUCAAUACAUACAGCUUACAUCCAGGCAUGGUUAAGACUGAGCUGGGUCGUCAUUUGGACGACUCGUUAUUCAGGGGUGCUCGGCAAUUAAUUGGCUUUAUGUUACGGCCCUUUAUGAAGACGGCCGAGCUUGGCGCGCAAACAUCGAUAUACUGCGCAGUAGAUGAGAAGUGUGCUAAUGAAACUGGAUUGUACUACAGCGAUUGUGUAGCUACGGCGCCCAUGGCGACAGCGGCGCGUGACGAAGACGCUAAGAAACUGUGGGACGUGUCAGUAGAGAUGGUUCGUCUCGGUGAUUUCAAUCCAUUUACAGCCAAUGACCCAGGCGUUAAAACUAAGUAA